AUGGCGCACGGUCACGGUCGCUGCUGUUGCUGUUGCGGGGAGGCGGCGGCGGCGGUCGGCGGGGACCGGGGCGCGGCCUGGGGGCUUUACCUGCGCAUCGACCGGCAGCGGCUGCAGUGCCUCAACGAGCGCCGCGAGGGCAGCGGCGCACUCGUCUUCCGCGCUUGGGAGGAGCGGGGCGACCGCGCCCAGUUCGUAGAAAGCGACGAUGAUGAGGAGCUUCUGUUUAAUAUCCCGUUUACGGGCAACGUGAAAUUAAAAGGAGUAAUUGUGAUGGGAGAAGAUGACGGUACGCAUCCAGCGGAGAUGAGACUGUUCAAGAACAUUCCUCACAUGUCCUUUGAUGACGCAGCCAGGGAACCGGACCAGACGUUCAGCCUGAACCGGGAUCCGACGGGCGAGCUGGAGUACCCCACCAAAAUUGCCCGUUUCUCCAAUGUUUACCACCUCUCCAUCCACUUUCCGAAGAACUUUGGAGCGGAGAAGAAGAUUUUUUAUAUAGGCCUGAAAGGAGAGUGGACGGAGGCUCAUCGCCACGAAGUCACCAUCUGCAAUUACGAAGCAUCAGCAAACCCAGCUGAUCACAAGUUGGAACAAAUCACCCCACAGACUCACUUCAUCUCCUAACAGUGCUGUCGGGAAUCUCCCGAAGGCUCUGGUACAAGUGUACGGACGUGGUGGGCUGACUCGGACAGAAAUGGCUUCCUGAAGCACUGGAGAGUGUUGGAUCAGCUUUACGUUUCGGUCUUUGCCUUGGAAAGCAGAGUGCCGAGUGUGUGCAAUGCCUGUACGAAGGCGGCCGCUGAGGGCAGCGGCGUGUCGGGUCCUGCAGAAGGCAGCAGAUCUGCUGUUGUAACGGGAGGCUCGGUCUUUAGGCAGUGGCAAGCUCGUGUCUGGUAUCGUUUACUUCUCUGACUGCCAAUAAAACGCGCUGAGGUGCAGAGCUGCGGCCGCGGCCUCGUCACCCAGAUCCCCA